GUGAAGCUUUCCUUUGCAACGUCAUGUACGGCGUCCCAGGUCUUCUGGCGUGCUGCGGAGGAAUCUUGCUGGCGGGCCUAGGAGCUGUGCGUGCACAGACACCACCUAACUCGUACCCGCAUGUGUGGCCGGGGCAACCCAGAGGUCCACUGAGUCCGCUGUGGCAACACUACUUCGAGGUGAAGGGCCCUUUGCCCAAUCUCACGCACGCCCGUCUCCCACGUAGCUUCGCAGGCAACAUACCAGUGGACCGCCCGGGCCACCCAAACGACACGUUCUUCUUCUGGGGUUUCGAGCGUGAGGGAAAGCCUGGAGGGCUCACGGCGCCUGCUUUCCCGCACAACGAUGAGCCAUGGAUCUUGUGGGUCCAGGGAGGGCCGGGUUCGUCUGGCUUGCUUGGAUUGGCUGUCGAAAAUGGUCCAAUUCACGUUUUACCGAACUACACCUGGACCGUCAAUCCAUACAGCUGGAACAAGUUGGCCGAUACCAUUUGGAUCGAUCAACCCGUUGGAACCGGCUUCUCGACUGCCGACACGACCGGUUAUGUGGCCGAUGAAGACCAGAUGGCCGUAGACUUCAUCAACUUCCUAAGGAAUCUCGUGAAGGUCUUCCCGAGUCUCGCGACACGACCUCUGUACCUGGCAGGAGAGAGUUACGCCGGCCAUUAUAUCCCUUAUCUUCUAAAGCAUCUUCUGCCGUUAGAAGAUCCUCCAGUCAACCUACGCAAAAUUGCCAUCGGAAAUGGUUUCAUUGGUUCGUACGCCACAAACCGCGAGACCCCAGUGAUUACCCUACUCGAGUCGUUCCCCGAUCUCAUCGGCUAUGACCCCGACGUCUUCAACUACUUCAAGGAGCAGCAUCAUCUGUGUGGAUUUGACCUCAAUUUGACAUAUCCUCAGACGGAUGGGACGUUCCCACCGCUCAAAUUGCCGUUAGGCCAGAUUGUCAAUCAGACCAACACAUCAGCCCUAGUGAACCAGGCUCUGUUUACCACGCCUUCUCUGAAGCAACAGCUGGCAUCCAAGUAUGCUGCACGCGUACAAAACAACGUCGAUGUAAAGAGGUUGGACGUACUCGAACGACGCGAAGAGGCGCGGGCGCAAUGGAAGCGCGAUCUAUCAGGCCGCCCGAACGGGACAGUCGAUCCCUGGUAUGGCUGUGAUGUUUGGGAGGAGAUGUGGGAUUACGCCCUGAACUUCACCUUCCCUUGGACCAACGGCGGUCUCGACACCUUCGACAUCCCCGACGCGACGUUCCCAGAGCCUACGCUCGACGCCUCCGUCUUCCUCAACGACCCGCGCGUGCGCGCUGCCCUGCACGCGCCCCUCUCCAAGAACUGGACGUCGGCCUUCACGUACCCCUUCGGGAACGUCUACCUCAACAACACCCCGAACAUGCACGGCGACCUCUCCAUCGAGCCCAUCGUCUUCUUCACCGAGCUGUUCGCGAACUCAUCUGCGAAGGGCGUGCCGUGGGUGUUCUACUCGGGCAACGACGACUCCCAGGACGCCCACCGGAGCACCGAGGUCGUCAUCCAGAACUUCACCUUCGGGGGCAUCCAAGGCUUCACAAAGAAGCCGUCGACGCCGUGGUACGACGACGACGGCGCGUUCGCAGGGGUCGUGCACCAGGAGCGGAACGUGUCGUACGUGCUGUUCGACGGCGCGGGACACCUCAUCCCGGAGUACAAGCCGCAGCAGUCGCUCGUGUUCCUCCGCGAGUUCAUCUUGGGCGACAACCCCAACGGGACGGUGCUGGACAACGGGACCGUCGUCGGCGGCGAAAACGCGACGCUUGCCGGGGACUACCUUUUUGGCGGUGGCCAGGUCUUCUAUGGGUCUGCGGCAACGGAGGGCACUGUGAUCGCGCCGCCUGCGACGAUUGCAUCUUGGGACAGCUUCCUUGCCACCGCAACGUUGUUUGCUGCUCCUACUACGACUGCUCCUCCAACUGCUGUAGGCACGGCAAGUUCACUUACAUCGGCCGUCGAUGCAACUACCUUCAGCACAACUGUAGUUCUGCGAAGAUCUACUUGAGUGACUCGGAAUGGGCGUCCACUAGACAGACGCCUCGUGUGGUCAUGUUGUAUUGGUGUGAGGGUAAUUAGGUGCUACAUACUUCUAUUCAAGUCCCACCGCGUGCAUCACUUGUCACUAUGCCACCGCAACAGUCUUUCUCCAAAUAGUCCCUAAGGACUUCCAAGGU